AUGUCUGGCCCCUACGACCACCAGUACAACCAGGGCUACGGCCAAGGCGGUUAUAACCAGGGCGGUUAUGGCGGCCCAGGUGGCUACGGCCCAGGUGGCUACGAGAACCAGGGAGGCUAUCCUCAGCAGGGCGGUUACGGCCAGCAGCCUCAUCAUCACCAUCACCAUCACCAACAAGAAGGUGGCUAUGACCAGUCGUACGGCCACCAGCAGUAUGGAGGACCACAGGGCUAUGGCCAGCAGCCCUCGCAUGAGUAUGGAGGCAGAUCUGAGGGCUAUGGUCAUAACCAGAGUGCACCAGGCGGUGCCCAGGAGGGAGAUCGUGGACUGGGCGGCGCCCUAGCUGGAGGUCUCGCCGGAGGGUUUGCCGGCCACAAGGCUGACCAUGGUAUCUUGGGAACCAUUGGUGGCGCUAUCAUGGGCAGUGUUGUUGAAGAUGCCGUGAAGAAACACAAGAAUCAUGGUGAGGGUCAUCAUCAGCAGGGCGGUUACACGGAGUCAUAUGGUGGAACCGGCUAUCCCCAGGGACAGCAUCACGGUUCUCAGGGCUCUCAACACCACAGUGGACUCCUUGGCUCGUUAGAGAACGCGGCCGGCAGCUUCCUCGGAAAGAAAUGA